GGGAAGAUCUGGGUCAACGACAACGCUGGAUGGAUUGAUGUAUUAAAUACGUCUACGGGUUAGGUAUACAAAUCAACACCCUUUUCAACGUCACCAGCUCUCUCCAAAAUGCCCCGCGCAAUCCGAGGCGUCCUCGUCGAAUGCGACCCCUCCAUCAAAGCCAUAAUCGUCAAACUCGACAGCGAGCGCAACGACUUCAUCGUCGAGGAGCUAGAUGACCAGACACUCGUUAUCAACGAGGCCAAAUUGGGGACGCUGAAGAUGAUGCUUGAAGACAAACUUAAGGAGACGCAGCAGCCGGCGGAUGAGUCGGGGUCGGAUUAGAGGGGAGUAUGGGGUGGGUAUGUGGUUGAGGAGUUUGGGAGGGUUCGGGCGGAGAUUUUAUGGGAUGGAAAAUAAAUGCAGACGACUUUACAGCGGCGAUUUGGAGAUUGGAGACAGGGAGUUUCAUGGACACGAGAUAGAUUCGUUGGGAAAAUCCGAAGAGGAUGAACAUACAGAAGAUAGAAUGGAUAUAAAUUCCU